AUGAGAUGGACGCAUAUCCGUGUAUUGCCCGACACAGUAAGGAAGACGGUGAGUGGCCGCAUCAGCUGCGAACGGAACGAGUCCAGCGGAGCGCCCGGCUCAAAGUGCAUUACAAAGGGCACUAUGAGCAACAACAACACCCUAGAUCCCUCCAACUUUGUGAUGAGUCUCGUGUCUGAGGCAUUUCGCAGCAUCGAUCUUUUGCAACACGUGCCCGAAGCGGUCCUGCGGAGAUUGACGCGUCACUUUCACCGGAUUCCGAUCACAGUAGGCACGGUCCUCUUCAAUGUGGGUGAUGCAAGCGAUAGCUUCUACGUCAUCGAGAGUGGCGAGUACGCAAUCGAGGCGGCGAUGCACCGCAGUGGCUGCAACUGUCGAGCGCAGGAGCGCUACCUCCAGUUGGUAGAUUCAGACGGCUUUGGCGAACUCGCACUCCUCUCAGAUCGGCCUCGUACUGGCGCAAACCGAGUGCCCGAGUGUCUCGCACGAAUGAAAUCGAAUAUCAAAAAAUAA